AUGUGGCAGGGGGAUGCACUGGUGGAGGUAGAGCACAGAGAAGGCAGCAAGGGGCGGUUUGGAGAGGGCUGCAGAAAGCAGAUGCGCUUUGGGGAAUUUCUGGAGCGCCUUGCAGCCGGGGAUGACACUCUCUACCUCACCACACAGGAGGCGAGGGCGUCCAGCGGCCUGCACCACGACUUCCACGACAACCUGUACGUGCUGCUGCGCGGGCGCAAACGUUUCACGCUGUUUCCUCCCUCGUUGGCCAAACGCAUGCACACCCACGGCCAGAUCAGGCUCAUACACCCCAGCGGCCGCAUUGUGUACGAGGGCAGGGGGGACAUUUUGGCGGACGGAUCAGAUGCAGCAGAGGUUGACAAGUGGGAAAGGCGGCGCAGCGCCGAGGCAGAGCUAGAAGCUGCCGAGGCAGCUUCCGCGCGGGGGGAAGCCGGCGCCGCCAAGCGGCUGGCGGCUGCCGAGCAGGCGCUGGACGCCGUCCUUGAAGCUGCCCUGAAGGAGGCGGCAGACGAUGACUAUUCUGAAUCUGAAGAGGAGGGCGCUUUCAGUGGCAGUGAUGCUGAGGGACUCCCGGAGGAUUUCCACGAUGACUAUGUGGACAGCGAAGCAGAAGCCGAGAGUGGUGAUGCUGCAGCCAGAAAUGGCCGCAGCUGUGGAGCAGCAGAGGCGUCAAACGCCACAGGUGAUGGAGAUCUCAGGCCUGGAGUUGGUCUAGAGACUAAAGGUGAGAAAGCAGAGCCUGACAGCUUCAGCCGUGUGGACCUGAGUGCGGGCGAGGCAGAGGUGUCUGCUCAGUUCCCAGACUUCCCUGGCCUGCAGAGCGCUCUCCAAUUUGAUGUGCAUGCAGGGGAGAUGCUGUACCUGCCUGCGGGGUGGUUUCAUGAGGUGCAGUCAUUCGGGAAUGAGCACAUGGCACUCAAUUACUGGACGCACCCGCCAGAUAAUCUCGACCCUGGGCCUGGGGGGUUUUCAAAGCCCUAUGUGGGGGAUUACUGGCCAACUUUAUGGGCACUGCGCCAAUGCAAUUAG